AUUAAACCAUUCUAAAUUUAGGUCUACAACAUGGUUUUGAGAAACUGUACUUAGAAGUUGACUAUGAUCAUCAAAGAGAAAACGCAAAUAAAGACAGACUAUCUGCUUCGACUGGCAUAAUGGGAAGGAAAAAAAUUAAGAGUAAACAAAGUAAGAAACCAAAAAAUAUCAAAAAGAAUUCUAAAGCUGUUCAAGAUGAGAGCCAAAGACAAACCAGCAAUUCUGACCUGCAUUCAGUAGACAAAUUAAUUAGUAAGGCAGAACAGCUAAUUGAUGAAUUCAACUAUGAACUAGCUCAGAAAUUUUGUCAACGUGCAUUAGAGCAAGAGCCUGACAAUCUUAGGGCAUUAGAAACUUCUGCUUCAUUGCUCAUUGAACUUGGAAAUCUGGAAGCAGCAAAACAUUGUCUUGGUCGAGCAAUAGAACUUUCUCCUAACUCCGGGUUUUCAAAAUACAUGACCAUGGGUCAACUGAUGGAGGGAUCUAAUGCAGUUGAUUGCUAUAAAAAAGGAAUUGAAAUUAUGAUCCAAGAAAAAGAUAAGAAAGCUGCUGAAGAGGCUGCAGCUGUUUGUGCUGAUACCAGAACAGCAAGUGACAAAGAUAUCGCAAGUGCUUAUUGUGCAAUAGCAGAAAUUUACCUUACGGAUUGUUGUUUUGAUGAUUCUGCGGAAGAAAAAUGUAAAGAAUUUGUUGAAAAAGCUUUGGCUUCUGAUGCAGAUAGCCCAGAAGCUCUCCAGCUCAAAGCAAAUUAUCUUUUGUCAAAGGAUGAAAAAGAAGAAGCAAAAGAAGUUAUGAAGAAAAGUGUAUCCCUGUGGCUUCCUAAAUUUUUGAAAGCAGAUACUGAUGCUGUAAAUGAUGAAGAUUUUGAUCCUGUUGAACUGUGUCCUCUAUCCUUCAGUACAAGGCUACAGUGUGGUAAAAUUCUUAUUGAAGUUGAAGAGUAUGAGUUGGCUACAGAUGUCCUAGAAACAUUGCUUGAUGAAGAUGAUGAAGUACCAGAUGUGUGGUACCUGAUAGGAUGGGCUAAUUAUCUGCAAGGAACAGAAUAUUACAGUAAUGCUAGACACUAUUUGGAAAAAGGCAAAGAGGUUUAUGCCAAAAUAAAAUAUGAUGAUGCUGCAUUACUUGGACAUAUGGAUGAACUAUUGAAAGAACUAGGUCCAGAACCAGAGGAAAAUGGUCAGGAUAAAAUGGAACCUUUUGAAAUUGAAAGCUCUGGGGAAGAAGACAUGGACCAAUAACACCUGUUUGCAGAAAUUGUUUUUAUUCAAUAAAUAUACAUACAAAAAAA